AGUCCGCUCGCCCCGCGCGACCUCGCCCCGCGCCUCGCGCAAUCGCGGCUAACAGUUUUAUUUUCCCGAAUAAACUUUAUCAAACAAAGCGUGCGUGCCCCGCACCCUGCAUCUGCUCGCCCAGCUGUUCCCAGUGCAGCUGGCUGCGCCGUCCCACUUCCCCGCGCGGUUGCGCACUAGAGUGCGAGUGGGAUGGAUAGCAACUAGUGUAAUCGCAUCGAGACCCUUCAGCUCCCUGUGAAAAGCUCAUUCGCAGUCCGUAUCCCGACGCCGGCGGGCAAACUGUGAGCAACCAUGACGAGCAAGCGCAAACGUGAACGCGACAAUGAGCCUGAGCGGUAUCUGAAGCGUCAGCGGCGCCGCAAGCGUUCCCGCAGCGUGCCGCUUAUGAAUGAUCCUGAUAACGCUGAGAAGCGUCAAGCACUGAAGCGUUUAUUUGGGCGCAUUUGUUCAGUGGGAAUCGAGAACGACAACAUCCCGGCGGACUUGUUUGACAACACGAGUGACAGCGACACCCAGUACGCUUACGGUGACGAGAACGACGACCCGCUGCUGGACUCGGUGCCUGUGGACAUGGAUCCGGAGCAGCUCGGCUUCUUAGUGUGCGCUCAGGAGACGCUGAGAUUCCUGCACUGCCGCGGGGUGGCCGAGCACCCGAUGUUUUCCCGACUGCGUAUGCGUCUUCUCCGCGGCAUAGACGAGAUGGCGAUGGCCUGAGCAAUGCUUGGCCCAGACCCCACCAAGAAAUAAUCCUGCUUCAGUCUUCACUCUUGGACGUUCCUCACUACUGUGGUUUAUUUAAUGUCAAUCGAUGUGAUCUCCCUAAACAAAGAACUUUUCUAUUCCUAAAGUCGGGGCUCUGGCGUAGCGAUUAAGAUAUAUCGGUGUAAAAUUGAUGUUGUGUAUCAAAUAUUCGAAUCAACAGGUGGCCCGCAAGGGUGUUCUAGUCAUAACUAGUCAAUAUCGAAAUAGUUAUAUGUGUUAAACGAAUGAAAGUAUUGAUAUUUAAUUUAAUGUAAUAAAUUCGUCUUAGAA